AUGACCAACGAGAUAGAUGUCGGCGGCUUGGAAGAACGGAAUCGACAGCUGACCGAAUCCCUCUCGACAACUCGACAGCGCCUCGUCGAAAUCACCCGGAAUCUCAAUCAGCUCACCGAUUAUGUCGACCAAUAUUCGAGACCACAUUCGUACUCAACCGCAUUGGGAUAUACAUCCCCAUUCCCACUAAAUGCGGUGGCUCCUCCUCCCAGGUCUCCAGGCGAUUCAGCCAAGAAUGGCUUGUACAACUCGGGUCCUCUAUCAGAUCUGUUCGUCGACCAUCUUCACGAGCCGACGGAUUCUGCGCAUGUGGUGACACAAUCGCAGCGCGACCCAGUAGCGCCAGGAGCCAUCUCAUUCUCCCGCAACUGCGAGAUCACGGACUCACUGAACGACACCUCCAGCAACUAUCCCGUAGGCAGACCUUCCGAUGCCUGCUUGGACAUAAUCCAUCACGAAGGGCUCGUGCGCCAGAUCAUGAUACAGGAAUUUGCCGAGGAUCCCGCCCAUUGUCAGAGUCUCGACAGCCUGAUAGCUAGAAUGCUGCAAUCCCUCGCCUCGUCCGAGAAAUGGGAGCGUCUCAGUCUCUUCUGCAACGCAGUCAGCGGCUGGGACAAACUCGGGCCCAUCACCCGUUGGCGCAUCGAGCCAACCGCCAAACAUUACAUGCAACUCCCACUGUGCUACCGUCCAAGCCGUCUCCAAAUGACCAGGCAUCAUUGGCCCAUCGUCGACUGGUUACCAUUUCCCAAGAUCCGGGAUGCCCUUGUGCUGAAUCCCGAAAGGUAUGAUUUGAACAAAGUCUGCCUCGAGUUGAAUACGAGCUUCUGCCUUGAGAUGGAUUUCGCACACGCGUAUCCAGAUGUAGAACCUGGCAAUGAUGGAAUUGCACCAAUAAGUUUCGGGCAGGCGACCAGAGAGCGCGAGACUGCAGGAGCAGCAGGACCUGGUCGAUCAAUGAGAAGUGCGACCAAUACUUCUAGCGACCAAUAUUUGAGGCGAAAGCGUCCGACAGACCAUGUGGUGUAUGUCCUUUUGCAAGAGUACGUCGACCACAGGACGGGUGUAGACUCGUUCACAACAACGGGCCUGAGCCACCACCGCCGAGUCAACGAAAACGUGUUGACACACUUGCUCCUGGCGUUCAGACAGCUCGAAAACCCUUUCAAGCUUCAUUCGAAAUUCUUCGACCAGUUUCCCGACCUCCCGCGAGACUUGUACGUGGUCCACGGUGAACAGGUUUCCAUCUUUGGUGACUACAGACCGAGAAAACUCUAA